AUGGGCCCCUGUACCGCCUCCCCAUGCUGCUGCCAGGCCCGUAAUCUGCCAUGGGCCCCCGUACCGACUCCUCAUGCUGCUGCCAGGCCUGUAAUCUGUCAUGGCCCCUGUACCACCUCCUCCUCAUGCUGCUGCCAGGUCCAGAGUGUGUCAUGGGUCCCUGUACGGCCUCCCAUUGCUGCUGUCUCUAUCGCCACACUCUGCCAUGUGCCACUUUCAGGUCUCCUCACACUGCUGGUGGUUUCCAUUUUUGUCAUAGGGUGCUGUAUGGCCUCCCAUUGCUGCUGCCUCCACCGCCACACUGUGGCUCCACACUCUGGUUUUGGCCCCGUGACUGCCCAAAUGAGUGAAGUGUGCGGUGAUUCUAAGAUCGACGGCACUCAUCUGCAUGUCAUACUGACUGACAGUAUUAUUUCUCUUCCCCAGCAGACUCCAAGGGCAUUUAAAUUAAAGGUACAGUGUUCUGCACUAAUAUUA